UUUCUAGGUUAAUGCGUAAUAUUUAAAUAUAAAAGACUAGAAUGUCCAGUAAGUGAAAUUUUUUACAACUGAACUUUGAAGUAAACAGCAUUAAAAAGUUUGAAGACAAUGGAGACACAACAUUUGUCAAUGGAAUGUGAAAAUUUUGUUUUGAGUUUCCAAAAACCUGGCAUGGGUUACGACACUUGUGUUCAAGCUUACGACAAUGACCAGUCAGUUCAACUCUAUGCCCAGUCUGCGGAGACGUUGGCAUACAGAGGUCCUCAAUACUGUGCUGACAUGUUGGCUGGUUUGAUCAAAUACAAAGAGGAUGCUUUGAUAUUAGACGUGGCUGCAGGAACAGGUCUAGUUGGAGCUGAGCUAAGAAAAAGAGGUUUCAGCCAGAUCCACGCUCACGAUGGUGCCUCAAACAUGCUAGAGACCUGUAAACGAAAGGGCUUCUACUCACAUCUCAUACAUUGUUUGAUAGGAGAAGGAAAACAACUUCCAGCCUCUAACAAUACUUAUGACGCGAUCACAAUGAGCGGUGGUACCUGUGAGAAUCACAUCCCUCCGUCCUGUCAGGAAGAAUUUGUUAGAGUUAUCAAGCCUGGAGGAUACUUUGUCAAUGCAUACCGCUCGACUAUGGUCAACAUUGAAUAUGGUCAGAGGUGGGAGGCCGAAGCACGCAGGCUCGAAAUGGACAACAAGUGGACAUUCUACGGACGAUUGUUUUUCAAGAAAUAUAAUUUGUUUUCAGAUGGCUUUGUGGAUAUUUAUAGGGUUAACUGACAGCGAUUAGGGUUUACAAAUUUUGUUGAAUACAUUUGUAUGAACAUGACGAAUGAAAAUAUUUAUUGGGAAAGGUAAAUGCGUUUUAGAUUUUUGUAAAAAAGAAGGCAUUCGACGCUCUCAAUAGAUCGAAUUUAAGUAAAGUUCCCCUUUCAGACCUUGCGGUCUAUUGGACAGAUGAUGUUGGUAAUAUUUGUUUCUUUGGACAGAAAAUUAUUGUACGCAUGUCAAAUAUCAAAUUUAGGAUUGGAUUUAUUAUUUUCAUUCUACUUCUACUUUUUUUUUUGACUUGUUGAACUAAAAACUCUAAUAUCACUAGUUUCAAGACUUGAAAGGAUUAAUCAGUGACUGCUCUAUUCUAAACAAGAAAGUAAUAGUCUCUAAUACUUGAGAAGUCAACUAACAUACUCUACAAAUAUCUUUUUCUUUUUUUUUCUUUUUGUUUGCCUAUUAUCUCCCUUGUUUAGUAUCAAACCCACACACAUAACUGGACCAGUCUUGUCAUUCAGGAUGUUAUUUCUCUCGCCAUUGGUGUACCUGAAUAUAAUUAAUGUAUCAUUAUCUAAUUGCAACAAAAAAAAAAAAAAACCAAUUAAAACCAAUAGCCUACAGACGCCCUACUAAACUACCUGAUCAGACUAUAUCUCUGUGAGUGAAAUAUAUCUAUCAAUAAACCAAAGUCCUUUAAAUAAAUGUUUAACACACCAACAUUCUCUGCAUUGUGAAGAUACAACAAAUACACAUUUAGCUUGCGAAUGUACUGAAAAGUUUACAAACUAGAGAAUGGUACAUUUACAAAGAAACGCAUUAUUAGUUUAGUUUAUAAAAAAAAUUAUCAUUAUUUCAAGAAUUGAAAAACAAAGAAUCAAGAGAUUAAAGACAGCUUCAAUUACAAGUGUAAAAAAUACAGUAAUUACAUUUAAAAACUUAAAACUCUAUGUUACAAAAUCAAACAAGGAUUGUAUUUUUGAAAUAAAUGACAGAUAAAUCUCUUACUUGAGUCUCUGUGUACAAAGAAGUAAGUUAAAUAAAGAUUUGAAUGUUUUACAAAUACAUAGAGAGAACUAUGAUAUUCCGCGAUCCUACACCUGAUACCACGAUAUAGACAUGCUUCCCUCCACCCCCCCCCCCCCAGUACUUAUAUUACAGUUCCUCGAAACGUGCAGGGAAAUUAAUUCUUCAGUAUUCACAAAUAUGGUUAAAUAUGUCAGGUUUUGUCCCCUUAAAUAAUUGUAUACAUUGUUUCUCCCACACACAUUCUCGGAUCAAUUUGAAACUUUAAGCAAUUA